AUGGAUUCCAGUGAAUUUUCAGGAUCUUUGGACCCUCUGUCCCUGCCUGAAAAACCGCUUAUUGGUGAUCUCCCUGCUGACAUGGAGUUUGGAGAAGAUCUCCUGGGUUCCCAGACAGCUUCUACGCAGGAAGUUUCAGUUCUUCAGCCAUCUGACUGGGAUCAAUCCAAGCAGAUGACUGCAGAUGGGGACUUGGACCUUCUUGUGAAAACAAACAGCCAGUCUGAACUAAGCAAACCAAAUGACCUUGUUCUAGAUAAACCUGGUGUCUUGGGUAUGCUGGAGAAACCUGAUGUCUCGGAUGACUUGGAUAAACCUGCUGACUUGAUGGAGCUAGAUAAACCGGAGGGUCUGGGAGAAGGCCUGUCCGGGAAGGGAAGUGAGCUGCCAACUGAGAAGGAGCAGAAAAGAAGUGAACGAGCCAGAAGAUCAGAAACUGCCAGGCUUGAAACUGUGAACUCCUCUGAGAGCAUUCCUGUCUCUGACGAAGACUCCGAUGCAAUGGUGGAUGAUCCCAAUGAUGAGGAUUUUGUUCCUUUUCGUACCCGACGCUCAACUCGCAUGUCUUUACGCACCCAGAUGGCUCAGCGAGCUGCCCGCUCUACUGUCACCAAGAUGACUUGUGCGAACUGCAGGACCCCGCUGCAGAAGGGCCAAACUGCCUACCAGCGUAAAGGGCUCCCUCAGCUCUUCUGCUCCAGCUCCUGCCUCACCACCUUCUCUAAAAAACCACCUGGCAAGAAGAUAUGCGCCUUCUGUAAAAA